GUGCCAUUGCGUAACAUCUUUACACAAUACAGACACACAGUCUUAUAGUCCAUUGGUUGUGUUCUAAUAAGUUGUUCUAUUCUAACAAUGAACCGUACUAUUUAGCAUGGGUUUUCCUACCGGAACCAAGUUGUACGCUGCGAGUGAUGCCAUAUCUGAAUCAAGUUUGGUGCCCAGCUUUGUGCAUCUUUCACACAUAAGAGUACGAGUCUUACGGUGGGGCCAUGAUUCCGAAAUGCGAUGUGGAAAAAAAAAUAUGGAGUUGAUUCUGAUGUUCUAAUCUUGGACAAGUCAAGCAAACUUUUGCCACCACAAGAUGGUGCUAUGACGGCAGCAAUGACGACAGUCAUGUGACCCGUGUUGUCCAAGGCAGGGGACAUAGACCUGACAGCCCCAGCUCUCAACGCUGGCCAAAUUGCUAAACAACUGGUCACGAGUUGGUUUUGCAGAAUCGGCGGAGGAUUUUCUGCGACUUUGCCUCUCGUAGCUAACGAGUUGGGUCAUCACGCACGCACGGCGCUCAGUUGGUAGGAUCCGGACCCUGAACAAUAUUCCACCACACCAGUGAUCCUCAGGAUCUGCUGCCCACGACCACGAGUCUGUUCUCGGAAUUGUCUCCGCAAAACUGUGACCAUACCAGUGACCAUACCAACCCAAUCCUUCUGCUUCCGGCCCAGAUAAUAAAGAGCCCAUCGAAGCACCAGAGAGCUCUCCAGCAUUCAUCAGCUGAUUUCAGAAUCACGAUCGUUAGCAGAGCAGAGACACGCACCCGUGCGCGUUGCACAUCCGCUCUUCAGCUUCUGUGGGGGUAGGACACUACUGCAGUCUGCAGGAGAUGACGGGAGGCUGCGAGCUCAAGCUACUGGGGAUGUGGGCGAGCCCGUUCGUCACCAGAGCGAAGCUCGCGCUGCAGAUCAAGGGCCUGAGCUACGAGUACGUCGAGGAGGAUCUCGGCAACAAGAGCGAGCUCCUGCUCAGCUCCAACCCCGUGCACAAGGCGGUGCCCGUGCUCAUCCACGACGGGAAGCCCGUCUGCGAGUCGUCGGUCGUCGUCCAGUACAUCGACGAGGCCUUCGCCGGCGCCGGCCCGUCCCUGCUCCCCGCCGACCCCUACGAGCGCGCCGCCGCUCGCUUCUGGGCCGCCUACGUUGAAGACAAGCUAGUGACGCCAUGGAGGCAGCUGUUCAGGGUCAAGACCGACGAGGAGAGGGCCGAGGUGAUGAGGCAGACGAUCGCGGCGGCGGACGCGCUAGAGGGAGGCUUGAAGGAGUGCUCGGGGGGGGGGGGGGGGGGGGGGGGUGGGGGGGGGAAGGGGCCCUUCUUCGGCGGCGAGAGCGUCGGGUACGUGGACGUCCUCCUGGGUGGCAUGGUCUCAUGGGUGAAGGUGACGGAGGUGGUAUCCGGUGCCAAGGUGAUUGGUGCCACCAAGACGCCGCUGCUGGCCGCGUGGAUGGAGCGCUUCUGCGAGCUCGACGCGGCCGGGGCGGUCCUGCAGGACGUCGGCGCGUUGGUCGAGUACGCCAGGGCGGUGCAGGCACGGUUUGCCGCUGCAGCAACGAACAAUUAGUAGUGGAAAACUGGGAUCUGAUCUGUUUGGAUCUGCAGCUCCGAACAUACUGCUAGCGAACAUUUAAAUUUAGAACCCCAUAUCCCUAAAUAUCUUCUUCGUCUUUAAGCAGCUCAUUCCGCAAUUGAUUUUCAGCAAUGCCAUCUCCUUCUCUUAUGUUCCUUCUCCACCGCUCCUAGGCUCAGGGCCUUGUUUAGAUGCAUGUAGUAAAGUUUUUGAAAGGGAUUUUUUUUA